AUGUCUAGCAACACCGCGCCUCGAGAAAUUUUCAAUUUGCUGAGACAACAAGAUUCGUCAAUUAGUACAGAAAUCAGGAGUAUUUACAAUGUGAAAGCACAGUAUAAGAAAGAGCAAUUAAGGGGUCUAUCUCCUAUUGGAAACCUAGAGCUAUCUGUCAAUUUUCCGUCCGUGUUGAUUAUUGAUGCGAUGUAUAAGAGUAAUGAGUAUCGAAUUCCACUCUUGGAAGUUGUGGAGCGACUGAUAUGGGCAUUGGAUACUUUAAAAAGAUGGAUGGUUGGAAAAGGGGCAGCGUUGCCAUCGGUGGUUGUUUCAGAUAGGGAUCUGGCACUUUUUGGUGCCAUUGAAAGGUGGAAUGUCAUGUGCGAAAACUUUGAGCAAUACUCUAAUGCCAUACAAUACCUUUGGAAUACAUGGUUGGGUCCUUAUAAAGAGCGAUUUGUUGCAGCAUAUAUAAACCAGUUUAUGCACCUCGGGAGCAAUUUAAGCCAAAGGGCGGAGUCUGCGCAUGCGAGGCUCAAACGAUACUUGGGAGAUAGCAUGUCCUCGCUUCAAACAUCUUUUCAGAAAAUAGAAAAGAUGUUGACCAGUCAGUUCGGGGAUAUUCAGGGGUCGUUCCAAAAAUCUCUCAACAUUCCACGACACAUACAUCUACAUGAAGGCAUUUAUAGUGAAAUCAAAGGUUGCAUUUCAUUACAGGCAAUGGACUUGAUCCAUAAACCAAUUCCGCUAAGCUCUAUCCACCCUCACUGGAGUACGUUGUCCAUGCAUGUCCAGAGGCAUACUAACGAGGGAGCACGAUCUGACAGGGCAGCUCAGUUUAUUGAAAGAUUAAAUGAAAUGGAUUUCGACAAUUAA